UAAUCAAAACAAACAUUUAACCAACCGAAAAUCAAAAUCCGAAGCUAAAAGCAGAUACACGAUCAGGUAAUCAAACAAAAAAUAGAAGAUAUGAAAAUGGCGUCUUUACUCAGACAAGAAGAAGAAGAAGAACAUCACUGUUCUUUGUCAAGACUCUCCGUCUGUUGUAACUACGACGACGAUGAUGCCGACGGAGAACCGUCUGAUUCCGACGUAAAGCUUGUCGGCGGAGGAGAGAAGAUGGAGCAGCUUGAGUUUUCAGAUUCCGACAACGGAUCAACGGGUUGUCUGUCGCUUCCGGCGACUCCUCCGAGACUGAGACGGCGGCAGGGAGGAACGGUGAGUUCGCCGGUCUCCGGCGAUAAAGCAUACGCGAGCGAGAACGAAGCGCGAAAGGAAAAACAUGGGAGUAAUAACAAUCAGAGGAGGAGGAGGAGGAGACUGCGACCGGAGUAUCCGCCGUGGGUGGACAGCAUGCGGCGGAGCUACGUUGAUGAACAGAGCGGUUACGGCGGAGGAGUGGUGGUGGUGACGAGGCCUGUGGGAGGAGGAAGGCCGUUAUGUAUGGAUUUAGAGGAAGUCAAAGCUUGUCAGGAUUUAGGAUUUGAGAUUGAACCGGGUCAGGUCUCGUAUACCGGGUCAACGAUGGAUACUAGUAGUGGCGGCAACUCUCCUAUCUCCUCUAACCACCGUAUCUCCAGUCCCGGGGAUGAUCCAAAAGAAGUGAAAGCGAGGCUCAAGGCGUGGGCUCACGCUGUGGCUUUUGUGUCUACUACCCAUCAUCAUCAACCUCCAAAUUCUCUAUGAUCCUCUUACAAUUUUUUUUUUUCAUCACAUUAUUUUACACUUGCAUGCAUAAACUUUGUGUUUUAGAGCUCUGUUUUCGGUCUUUGUGUGAUUGACGAUGAGUUUUGGCAAUCGAUAUGGUCUCAUACGCCAAAAGUAUAGAGUUAGAUUCAAGUAUAACUACUAAAGUUUGUGGAUUGAUUUCUCCAGAAUUAUUGUAA